AUGACUUUCUAACACUUCUACGAAGAUCCUGCUCCAACUGCAAACGCCCCUGUUGACAACCAAUCUGUUAUUUCUGUUGACAAGAUGUACGGUUUGGUAGUUAUCUCUGCUUUAACUCUCUGCUUCCAAUGCGCUGUCUAUGGAUACUUCCUCGUUGGACGUUACAGAUCUAAAAUUUUUAAUAAGAGCUUCUUAGAAGCUGAGUUCGGACAACUCCAUAAAGACGUUACUUAAAGAUCUAUUGAAGCUGGUGGUUAUCCUGAUAUGGGUAGUGGUGUAUACGCUUAGAGACUUGACUACUAUUCUUGGUUAUUAUUCAAUAAAGCCCAAAGAAUUCACUCUAACUUCUAAGAAACCCUUCCUAUUUCAGUCUUUUUCCUCUUAGUUGCUGGUUUAUAGUUCCCUAUCACUGCUUCAGUUUUUGGUUUCAUUCAAGUUUUUGCAAGACUCCUCUCUCUUGCUUACAUCUCCAACUAAGGUGCUACUCACCCCCUUAGAAGAAUAUCUUCCUUACUUAUUCUUGUUUCUAUCCUCACAACUUUCGUUUUAGCUUUUAUUAAGGGAGUUUACGUUAUGAAGAAUCACCACUAGUGA